UAAAGGCAGUGAGACAGAUGCUGGUCUGCGGCUCCUCGUGGUUCUGCUGCUCAUCCACAGGUUCAGGUCCAUCAUGAGUUGCCCGUCCUCCGGUCAGCAGGGUGUUUACCCACAAACCCCUCAGCAAUGGCCCGGUCAGCCCUGCCAACCCUGCUGGUCCUGCCAACCCACUCAACCCAACUGGCCUGUUAACCAGCCCAGCACGACCUGGCCGGCCAACUGGCCUGUUAACCAGCCCAGCACGACCUGGCCGGUCCAACCCACCCAACCAGGCUGGCCCAACCCUCCACCAAUCCAACCAAACCCACCAACCCAACCCAUCCCACCGAUUCAACCAACCCAACCCAUUCAACCAAUGCAACCAAUGCAACCAAUGCAACCCAACCCUCCAAUCCAGCCGAUCCCACCCAUUCAGCCGAGCUGGCCUGCUCAACUACCCCCCCCGACGGGUUACCUGCCGUCUCCAGUGGCUCCGGCGUGGCACGGUAAUCCCGGUCAGCCCGGUUGGCCCGGUCAGGGGCCCGCAGGAGGAGCUCCGAAGCCGUGGCCCCCAGCACCAGCCAUCGCUCCUGUAACGGUUCCUUUCAACAUGAAUUUCCCCCGCGGCAUCUACGACAAGCUGAUGCUGACUAUCAGAGGACAGAUUCGACCAGACGCCAAGAUGUUCACGAUCAACUUCCUGCGCGGUAACGACAUCGCUCUUCACAUCAACCCGCGCUUCAGCGAGGGAGGGAAGCCGGUUCUGGUCCGCAAUCACAAACUGGGAGAGCGCUGGGGGAAAGAGGAGCGGGAUCUUCUGUCGCCGUUCCCCUUCAUGCCCGCUCAUCACUUUGAGAUGAAGAUCCUCUGCACCUUCACGGAGUUCAAGGUGGCCGUCAACAACACGCCUGCGUUUGACUUCCAGCACCGCAUCAAAGAGGUCAACCAGAUCGACCGCAUCAACAUCCUGCACGACGUCACGCUCACGUCCGUCAACGUGGACACGCUCCCAUGAGCCUCCGCGAGCCUAAUCAAGCACAUUAAACUACAGCGGCAGCAUCACACGAUUACACUCAGAGACACCCCAC